UCGAUUCACUCUCCCCUCAAAUAGGCGCCUUGGCAAAAAUUUGGUUACCUUACAAAAAUCUCAACGCAUGCUAAGAAGGCGUCCCACGGUUCUGUUUUGUUGAUGCCAUCAACCUAAGCCGCGACCCCCCCCGCUUACGUUGAUGCCACGAAUAUUCCAGGGGCGCCAGCGAUGGCGUCGCGUAAAUUCAUGGCAUCAACAUAAGCGCCGCGAAGCGGCCCGACCCCCCCCUCCUUAUGUUGAUGGCAUCAACAUAGCCAAACCUUGGGGCGCCUUCUAAUGAGUCCAACGAUUUUAACAUCUCAACGAUUUCGGCCCACCUCUCCUGACCCUCCGAGGAGGGUUUGGGGUUACGGACCAUCUGUUUUGCCCGCCAAAAUGCGGGGAUAAGAUACUCCGCAGCUGUUGGCGUGCUUGCACGCCAACAGCUGGGGCCAAAUCGUUGAGGUGCUCAAACCGUUGAGGUAAAACCGUUGAGAUUUUUGUAUGUCAACCCAAAAAUUAGCUCUGUCCAGUCUUACUUUGUUUUAUCAUUCAUACUCAUGGUGGUCAGACUGAUGGCACCAACAUGCCUGACUCACCCUGUCCCUGGUGCUCCCUCGCUAUGCAAUCGGGGGGGAUAAUUGAGAUGCCUGCUGGGCGUGGACGGGUCUCCUGCUCCCUAUCUACUUAAUAUUCCUAAGAAAGUAAUGCCUUGGCGUUUUGGAUCGUAGAG